GACUCAACUACGUCCACAUACCACACUUUUAACGAGCACCGAACACCUGAAUCGAUAGCACCACCAUCAAGUCGACCGACACAUGUCAUUUCAAAAGGGCCCACGUUUUGUGCCAGAGAAAAUUUCCGAUGUUCCAGGACCAAAUACCUAUAGUCUGCCAGAAGAUCAAUUAGAUACCUACAAACGAAGUGCAUUUCUGGAGAAAACCGAUCGUUUCUCAAAGGAAAAGAAAUCAUCCGCUGCUAAACAUGCAAGUGACGAUCGAUACGCAACGCUAUUGAAGAAAAUAGAAGAGUUGGAAAAGGUACAUAUUGAUGGUAAGAAGGCGCACCAAACUGAAAUGGACCGCUCUAAAUUCGAAGUCGCCCGGGAGAGAUUGGAGAAGCUGAAGAAACACAACGAAAUACUCGAGUUGCGAAUCCAGGAGUGCAGAAGAGGCAAUGCUGCUGACCAAAGCGACCUGAGGAGCUGCGUAUCAAACUUCGCAUGUCCGAACAUGAGCGCACACAACUCGUCAGCAAGCAGGGGGAGAGCAGUGACGCAAAGAAGGCACUACAGAGUCUCGAGGCAAGAGGAGGAAAGACGAAGUACGGGAACGCUGUAUCUGCAGAGAGAAGAAGAGAGAAUUGCUGGAAAGCCUGGUCAACGAGGACUCCCAAAUGCGUGCCAAGCGCUUUCAUCUCUUCGAGAUCAAGCCGAGAACCAAGAAAUCGAUUUUUGCAGCCCGUACCUGGACCCAUAUCGUUCCGUCCUUUCUCGAGUUGCGGAGGAGUACGGCCGCUUGGCUACGACAUCCAUAGCUGCAUCCAACCAUGCCGCACUCGUGAAGGACCAUACCACACUUCAGUUAAGUUCGGUCAAGUCGUCGAGCUCGCAAACCUCAUCCGCCACACGCAGGAAGAAAUUAUGCUCUUGCGCCAAGAACCUGCGCGACAUACGGGAAGAAAGUCUUCUCGCCUUCCAUGGCGUUCUCGAGAAGCAGCAUGAAGUUAACCGUGCACUCAUUGACCAACUUGCUCGUAACUCGGCCGAGCGGAAUAUUCUGCAAGCAGAACUCGCGAAGGCACAGGUUGAAAUCACGGCUGGACAGCGCGCGCUGGCCGAUGUCCAAAUUUCGUUGACGGAAGGUCGUGAAGAACAACAUAGGUUGCAACGUCGAGUGGAAGAACUCGAGAAGGAUUUACGAGACACGGCAGCAAGUCACAAGCAAGCUUUACAGAGGGAGCGUGAUACCUCUCAGAAGCUGUCUGAUGCGCUUCACGUCAACAAGAUAGCCGAGGGAGCUCUCAAGGCUGACAUCGAGCAGUUGCACGCAGAAUUGGCAGAUACUGAAGCACUAGUUGCGAGGAAUAACCUCGCAGAGGAAGAGGCCGAGAAUCUCAGCAAAUUCAAUGCUGAAAUUCUUAGCCAUAACAAUCCCGCUCAGAGGAUUUUAUACGUGGAUAGGAUUCGUCGGGAGCUGGCCGAGGUCAAGCAGACACUACUCGUGUGUACCCGCGACCGGGACGUCAUGUCUGCAGCGAACGAAGAUUUACGGCAUGAAGUCAUGAUGUACAACAAGCCUCGAACGAAUCUAACCCGUGUGACCCGACCUCCCCUCACGAGCCAGAACAUCAAUAUCGUGGCGACGACUUCCAUCCCGCCUUGUGUUGCAUCAGAUGCAGUAAUUAGUAAAGCAACCGUUCUGGAACACAUACCAGGAGAUAUGACUUUGGAUGAGCUGAUAUAAGGUACAACAUAUUACUCUAUCUACGAUGUAUGUAUAUUGGAUUGAUAGCUGCUAGUCUCGAAGUCACCGAGUACUCAUCCCAAUCCCAUAGCAUGACAGUGUAACUCAUGAUGGAUACACUUAUUCACAACA